UGCGCCGCCGCUCGGGGAGGUGUCCCCAUCAAAACGAAUCCUGUGUGGCUGUUGGUAGACAGCGAUGCGAAGGCGCUGGCAGGUUAGUUAGGUUGAGUUCUGGUCGCUUUCCUAAAAAGGGCCUAGGAGCAUGGAAGGAGAAGAACUGUCUUCAAAAGCUGAUUCCAAUUCGGCAAAAAAUGUCGAGGUCUUUCAGGUGAAAGGAGGCUGAUGUUUUAACUCUUCGGCACCUGCUGGCCGAAAGGAUGCUGUGUUCCAUUAGAGCCGUUCUGGUACGGGGGCUAUGUCAGGCGUGAAGGGGACUGUGGUUUAGGAGAGAUCAACAACAGGAGAUUGUGCUAGAUUACCGUUCAAAACUUUUUCCUUUUUUUUGAGGCCCAGAACAUGUAGGCCAAAAUGAUGCCACUUCCCUUAUGAUGUAGCUGUGCUAAACUUACCUGACCCCUUCUUUUUUUUUUUCCCCUCUGUAAGAAGUGUGGAGACUUAGCUCCAGGAGUGCAAAGCGUAUUCUAAAAGGAACCUUGAAGCAAUGGAUGUAAAAGUCAGGUCCAAAGACCUUGCAAGUUAUGUUUUUGAAGCUGGCUGUUUUGUGAGGUUGGUUUGUUUUAGAAAAACUGCCUCCACACAAGAUCUUACCACUAUAUUUCGUUGUAACAUACAAAGGAACUUUUUGAUUCUGAGACAGCCAAGCUAUUUUUGAUCUGGUUAGUAAGAUCAUAUGAGUCAAGUUUCAUACAGAACAAAAAGAUGCUCUUUGCUUUAAGCUGUAAUUUGAUUAUAUUAACGGUUGGAGAAAGACUUGCAAUUUAAUAUAGAAGGGAAGAAUGUUGGUUGCAUGCAAAUAUUAAAGAUACCAACUUCUGCGGGGAUUGGGUUUUUUCUUUUCUUUUUCUAAUGUAGCAAUUUCUGAUGGCUAACAAGUUGGAUACAGCAAUGUGGAUUUCCCGCUUGUUCACAGUUUACUGCUCAGCUUUAUUUGUCCUGCCUCUUCUAGGGUUGCAUGAAGCAGCAAGCUUUUAUCAGCGUGCCUUGCUGGCAAAUGCUCUUACUAGUGCCCUCCGACUACACCAAAGGCUACCGCACUUUCAGCUUAGCAGGGCGUUUCUGGCCCAGGCAUUGCUGGAGGACAGCUGCCACUACCUGUUGUACUCCCUUAUCUUUGUGAAUUCCUACCCUGUUACAAUGAGUAUUUUUCCAGUUCUGCUGUUCUCUUUGCUUCAUGCUGCCACAUACACAAAGAAGGUUCUUGAUGCACGAAGUUCAAAUAGCCUGCCCUUUCUGAGAAACCUUUUAGAGAAACUGAACGCUAAUCAACAAAAUAUUCUAAAAUUCAUUGCUUGUAAUGAAAUUUUCCUGAUGCCAGCUACAGUUUUUAUGCUCUUCAGUGGGCAAGGGAGUCUGCUCCAGCCAUUCAUUUACUAUAGGUUUCUUACAUUACGCUACUCCUCUCGGCGAAAUCCAUACUGUCGGACACUCUUCACUGAGCUGAGGAUUGUUGUUGAACACUUAAUAAUGAAGCCUUCAUGCCCUGUUUUUGUAAGAAGACUAUGCCUCAGCAGCAUUUCCUUUAUAAGCAGAUUGGCACCAACUGUUGCAUAGCCAAAUUUCAGGCACUUGUGUUUUCUGAACAUUACGUGCAGCUGGCACUUCUGCUGCUGGUUAUAAAUUCCUGGUUUUACACUGAUCUCACUCCAGGCUGUAUAAAAAUGUGUAUAUGCUUUUCUUGGAGAGAAUAUGAAAUUUAGCAUAUCAAAAGCAAGUCAUGGAAACUUAAAAUUACUGUGCUGUAUUGCUAAUCGGUGGAAAAAAAAGUAGCUGCAUCCUAUCCAAAACUUGCCCAGUCAUACAGUUGGUUUUUUUAGGAAUCAAGGAUUGUUUGAGGUUAAUUAAAACUAUAAUAAGCCUGUGCUCAGUAGAUUUAUGUUAGUUGGAACUAUAGGUACUGUAGUAUGUCUCUGGUGGAUAGCAAUUGGUACAUUUACCUAUGCAGUACACUUUGGACAGUAUUCUUCUGCUUACUAAAUGUAUCUGUAGAGCCGUUUUGUCUGAAUUACUGUACUUGAUGUAAAAAUACAGCCCACUGAAUUUAACAAAAGGGAUUAAGAUCUAUCAAGCUGGCAUAGUUAACACCUUUUCUGAAGGAGAGGCUAUUUUUAUUAAUAUUACUGAGUUUCUAUCUUGUGACAUAGUCUUACAUUAUGUUGUAGGAAGAAAUGUCAAAACUCUGAUCACAGAAAACUCUGUGCAGUUAUCUUGUCAUAAGAAGAUGUUUUACCAAGCCAAAUUGCUGAUCUGUAGGCUUUUCAGACAAAGAUGCAAUGCUUAAACUUUUAACCAUCUCUUAAGUGAACUAAUCAAUGUAAAUGAAGUAACUUUCGCAAAAUCAUUGCAGAUUUGUUCUUGUGUCUACACAAAUGUGAGACUGCAGUAAUUCAAGCAUGUCAGCUUUUUAGAAAAUUAAUCUGUAGCUAGCGCUAUAUAAAUUGUUCUUCCAGUUCCUGAGGCUCUCAUUGUGAUGGGAAACUUGCAUAAAGGAUUGCACCUGUUUAGGCAGCUUCUGAAACAAAUGGGUGUAGGAUUUUUUUGGCAUAAAUCCAUCUGAUGACUGAUCUGAAGCGAGUGUCAUGACUACAGAAGUGAAUAUUAAAUUGAGUGCUGAUUAUGCAUUCACCCAGCAGCUGAACAGUAGGUUGUGCAAAAAGAAUAUGAUCUGUCUGAAUUUGUGGGAAGAAGUGAUUUCAAGGCAAAAGACUUUCCUAAUCUUCUGUAGUUAAUGUUAAUAUUCUAAUUGCAUAAAAAUUAAAGGGGUUUCAUUGGCCUUUUGUAAACUUCUAUAGUGCUGUACUUAACUGUUCUUCCUUGGUCAGAGAAACACUUUUGCAAACAGUCUUGAAGCAAAGUAUUUUCCUGAAACUUUUGAGUUACCUUGUUUGUGAUGUGGAUAUCAUUCAGACUUUCCAGUUGUAUUGGUUUGUUAGAUCAGAGCCAUGUAUUUAUAUACUUACUAAUUUUUUUUGCUCAACCUCUUGGUACUGACGAACCAACUGGUAAUUGAAUAUGAUAUUCUUUGACUACUUGUCUUGUUCUCUGAACGUGAUUAGCUAUUUAUAGAACACUUGCACACUGCAGAAGCAACUGCAUGCAGUAAUGCUCUACAGCUGCUAAAGACUUGCAAUGAGUUUCACUCUAUGUAUAUCCUGUAAUCAGAGGAUUUUAUAAAAACUAAAAUUUCUACUGCAAUAAAAGGAGUGUUAAAUGUAAUUUGCUAGGCUCUCCAAGCUUAUUUGCUCUCUAACAGAACAUACUGAUGCUUGAACCUGGAAGUUGAGCGGAAUGCUUUCCCGUGUGUAUGUGUGCAUGUUCUUCUAUUCCCACUGCUGCUUCAGAAUCAGGAUGUAAUGUCUUGUGCACUUCUAAAUUACUUUAUAGGGAAUUUUUGCCUUCUAAAGUGCAAAAAUUGAUGACCCUUUCCUUCAAAAUUUAAUCCAAGAGUAAGCACUGCAACAAUGAUACCUCAUCAGAGUUGAAAUAGAGACCUGCUUCUCACAAUUUCGUUUCCUUAGCGUUGUUCCAGACCUUGGUACAUGGUAUAUUUUUUGAGUGGUGACAUCAGACUCUGUUCAGGUCUUUGCACCACUGAUUUGAAACACAAUUUGGUCAUGUAAGUCAGUCCCCCACACUGGGAGUGGAAGGCAAAUAAAUACUUCUGUAAUUAGUGUAAGCAAAAUAACAUACUAUGACUGAGCAAAUUUUUGUGGUCGAAGACUGCUGUUACGGGUGUAGUCUACUGUUCCUUUAAUUGUAUGCUGUCAUUAAAUCAGAGAAGAGUCUAAAUUGGAUCUGAUGUAUUGCAACUGUAACUGAAGGAUGCUAAGUCUUGAGAUCCAACUCUAUGAAUGGACAAGGAAGAUUAAAAGGAGUAAGUGAAUGAGAUUUCAGUAAGUAGAGAGUUGGAAGACGGUGCCAAGGUGGUGCAGAGCUUCUAUAUGGAUACCGAAUUUCUUGUUAACUCUUUCUAUUAAGUCUUAAAAAUGGAUCAAGGGGAGGAAGAUCUUUCAUAAAUGGGAUUUGAUUUGGCUAGUAGAAUAUUCUUGGCUUUGCAAGGAGUUGCUUGACAAAUGAGGUGUGUGUUUUACUUGUGGCCUGGUAAAACUUCCCUGAUGUGCCAAGAAAACAUGGAGCAAGGGGGUAAGAAUAACUUCGAAGCAAAACAAAUAGGGCAACUGACCUGCACUCUGCAUCAACUUUGAUUUUUACUGCACCCUUUAGGCUGCCUAAGCGAUAACACUGAGUACUGAAUGCUGGCAAAAACAUUCUGUCCUUGCGCCCGCUUCCUUACCACAGUUUGUGACUGUUUCUAUACUAACAAUUAAAUUAAACGCAUGAAAUGCUGGUUGUGUCCUGAUAGCUUCAGACUUAUUCUGGUGAAAAGAACUGUAUGUUCAUGCUGCUGUGCUGUCAACAGCUAGCUGCGAUGCAGAAACUGUAACAACUCGGUGGUAGCGGAGACAUUUUUAACUGUAUGACUGACCAUAAAAUGCCUGCCAGCCCCAACUGUGAAGCAGAGGAGGUUUUGUCCUACUUGAAAAGUUGUCUAUCUAAUGUGGUAAUUGUUUCCACUGGUAUAAACCACACGGGUCAUUGUUUUUAUUGUCUUGACUUUCGUAAGUUAAAGUGCUGCUGCAUAAGUUCUGUGGGUAGACCGACCCCUUGCUGUGCGCCAGCUUGCUGUAGAAGUGAUGCUCCAGUGUAAGACUUGUCUGCUCGCGCCCGUAGAUAAAUAAAGCAUCGGGACCCAUUAGGUCUGUUGGGGUAGCUAAUGCCAGUUGGGAUUUCUCACAAAGUCAGUCACUAAUGCAUCCAUCCUUUCCUUUAUUGUCUUUUACUUAUUUUUAUACUUUUAUUGUCAUUUUUGUGCUGUCAGUUUUAUGUUUUGCUCCCUUCUUUGAUGGAUGCUCAAGGGGAGCAAUAUCUGUUAAUAUUUUAAGUUGCAUGUUUUAAGGAUUUUUUAAUAUUAUAAUCAUAAGCCACUACUUGUUGCAACAGUUUUUGAGCUGCUAACAGCACAUGUGAUAGUACUGUCCAAACAAAUAAUGUAGGUGGUUAUUGUGUACAGUCUGUGUUGGAGUUUUUAUCACUAGGUGCCUGUAUUGCAACAUUUGCUGUACAGACAACUCCUUGUUAAUUAAGGAAGCACAGUUCUUGCCCAUUUUACAGACAGGAGCUGAGGCAUGGAAGGAAAGAACUCGCCUGAGGCAAUGUAAGAGCUCUGGCAGAGCAGGAAAUAGGGGAAAAAAAGUUGGACAAGAAUCCAGGGGGAACUGUGAUUCCUUUUGGCACCACAUACGACUUCUUGGUCUUGUUUGCAAAAUGAUACUAACUGCUGCUUAAACAGUUUCAAAAUUACUGUACCUUGUGGUGCUCAGAUUAAGGGUAGGAAAGACCAUUGCACUAGAACAGCAUGUUCUUUUAAAGCGAUGCGAAAAGCUGAUUCCCACGUGCAAGAGCUAGGCAUGGCCCCUGGUAUCUGCAACUUUUUGGUGGGGGGAAAAAUAAUGCAACAGAGUAAGAUCGUGAGCAAUUACACGCUAGAUGUUAGUUAGGGCAUGCUGAUCUGUUGUAAUUGUCUAUACUUUUUAAUUACUGCAGUGCAAGUUUUUGUGGUUAAACUACACUGAAAUUGGUUAGUGUGUGUUUGUAUUGUAACUUUUCAUGUGCUGUAAGUUUCUUAAAAUGAGAGAAGAGUCGGGCCUUGCUGUUCUAAAUCGCCUUUUAAGGUUAAAACCUUAAGUAAUCCUUUAUUUCAAAGAUGCAUUAUCAGUAUGGCUAAUGUAAUUGAAUUUAAUCUUAAGUGUGGAUUCAAAAAUAUCUUUUUCAUAAAAUGUCAGCAUUACUUACUAACCCUUCUGCAGACGCUAGCUCUGUGAUAAUAGCUGAUACUGUGCAGGUACGGGAGUUUCAUUGCUUGGUUGAUGUGCCAUCCAGAUGGUACAAACUUCUAAAAUGAAUUGAAAAAUUCAUCUUUUACUUGUAUUCAAGGACUGAGGCACAAAAUGCUAAUGUAAGGGCUCAGAGGGGAAAUAUAGUUCUCCUGCAUAUUUGAGAAAAUGUGAAGCCCUUUCAAGAAAAUCUAAUAAACGAAAUAAUCACAGGCUGCUGACACUAAGGAAAAAGCACCUCAUUCGCUCUUUCUUUUAUGCAGUGAUUUACUGGUCCCUACUGAUUUUCAAAUUGGAUCACUGCAGUAAAUUAUCCAUGCCAGUACCUGUGAAAGAAAGCACUGGGAUCCAUAUUUGUUUAGUGCUGUGCUUAAAUCAGCAAGAAUGAUAAAUUUGAUGGUAUGAAAUUGGAAAUAUCAAGGGCUUUUCUCAGUGAACGAGCAAGUAUCUCCAUUUGUAAUUUAUUGUGACCCUUUUUCACUGUAUGUGCUUUGUAUGUCAAAUAUUUAUUUCAAAACAAAUUAAAUUGUUUUCUGUUUUGAUACAGCUAUGGUUUUGUUGAUGUUCUUGAAAUCAAAUUGUAUAGUUUUUUUUUCCUGGAUAUAAAAUAUUACCAAUGUUGUGUUGCAAAACAGCACUUGUUGUUUAAGUUCAAAUCUCCAAGUUUGAGUUACUGACCAACAGUUUUCCAUGUGAAGUGUUCUAGGUGUGCCUUGGGUGUUGGGGUUUUUUUGUUUUGUUUUUGGUUUUGUUUUGUUUUGGUUUUUUUAUGUGUGUUUAGUGCAGGAUGCAGUGAGCUACUGCAGCUUCUCAUUUGUUUUUUUUUUCUAGAGAAAGAGGAAGAUUAAGCUGUAUACCACAACCAAAAAAAGCUGAUCCCUGUCUUCAAGUCAUUGGAGCUAUUCUGCUUUACACUUGGCGUAGGUAGUACCAAGUCCUGUGGGGAAAAAAAAAUACCUAUGUGCUCAGUUUACUGCCAUAUUUUCAGUGCAGGUGUUAAUAGAGGAAGUUGAAAGUACACCUGUGUUCUGGUAGGAGUCCUGUCCCUUUUAUCUUAAAAUAGGUUACUUUGUGACUGAUUACAUCCCACUACCUAAGUAAGUGCCGCAGCUGAACUGAAAAUGAGUCAUGGCUAGCGCUGAUUACUUGGAAUUUAUAUUGUUACAAUAAUAAUUUGUCUUGCAACUAGUAAGCAAAAUUGUAAACCAGUAUUGUUAAUGUGACCCUAUGUUACUCUCUUCUUGUGGGCAAGGCUUGGCUGCCCUGUCCUGGCAUGUUAAAUAGCUGGCUUCUGUUCCACCCCAGUGCCAACUAGUCGGGCUUUCUUCUACCACAGCUGGUUACUGCCACACAGCUAUGGUUUUGUAGAAGCAGUAGUGUGGAUUAUAUUCUGAGGAGCCAGGAAAGACUUUGCUCUUAAAAGAAAGCAAUGGUUCGUUGGAGUUCAUCUCCCUUUAUCCUGCAUUCCACGUGCCUGACGGCAGUAUCUUGCUUGUGAGGCGAGUGAAGUGUUGCUGCAGUCCAGGCUCCUGCCUGGGGUGAGGAAACUGGUUUCCCUGAGAACAAAUGCAGAUCAUGGUUGACUUAACUUGCUUUGUAUGUUCCUAUCAAUGUUCACUCACGCACCUUUGCCAACGUGAAGAGCAAGAGUACGUUGGAUUAAGAUGGUGCAUCUGUUGGUUGAGAUAUGUCAUAGGAAAAUUAAGCUGAAAAUCAGAAAUUAUAAAGGUGCAGGGCUAGAUUAUCUGCAAGGGUUAAAGCAAUAUCAACUAUGCUUUUCACAAAGGUAGAAAUGGAAUAGAAGGAGAAGGAAGAAAAAUGGGGAGAAAAAUAAUGAGACCACAGAAGAGUUCAACUCUAUGUGAUAAAAAGAGGUAUGGAAAUCCUACUGGGUACUCUCUUGCUUUCAUAAACCCCAAUUCACGGUUUUAUGCCAUCAGUAUCCUCUGGAUAGUACUUCAAUUUUCUAGCUGUAAAUUAUUUCUAAUUUAGUCUUAAAAUAGUAUAGGAAUAGCAUGUUCAGGUGUGGCCACAUUGUAUAAGAGCUGACAGGCUGAUCUUGGUUUACUUAAAAUGGAAAACAUCUGCAGUAGAAUUAUGUGGUUUUGAUCAUUAUGGUUGAAGCUCCUGUAGUGGAAAAGUAGAGAAAUAAACAUUUGCUAUGGCCUAUAUUGCCGCUUGGCUGCUUUGUCUUUUUUUAAACUUUUCUCUUUCCAUGCUGCUUUGCUACAUUUUUACAUUGGCAAUCUAGGGGAAGAUACCAUACAUGACCUGCAUGGGGUUUUGUCCUGAUGUAUGUUUGCUUCUGUGUGCAAAGACGCAUAUAGAACAUAGUAUUUGUAACUUAGCAUUUUAACUUUUUUGGAUUUAACUUUUUCAGUCUAGGAAGUCUGACCAGUGUUUUGAGAUGACAGAUGCUUGCCUAUUAUAAUCCCUCUCAAUGUGCUUUCUGCUAUAGCAACUUUAGUUAGGUUACCUUAGUUAACUAAAGCGCAGCAAAAAUAAUUGUGAAUCCUUUCAGUAAUAAAGUUUAAAUCAGAGCCAUUACUAGCAAGCUUUUUGUAAUGGCAGGUGGAAAUCUGAAGUUGAGUUUCUGAAUUCUCAUGGGUCCGCUGGCACUUUACCAGUUGUAUAACUGUGUAAUACAGAGAUAUAUUGAAACCUUAGAAACUACAGUUAGAGCAUCAAGCAGCAGUUCAGCGUAUAUAUAUGGAGCAUCCAGUAGUUCUAUUAAUUCUUAAUUCAAAUUUUUUAACAUCAUUCAGGGGCAGAGGUAAGCCAGAUGUUUGGUUGCAUUGAUGUAUAUGUGCUGUGGAUGGAUGGUGUGUAUGUAUACUUACAGCAGCAGAUAGAUGACUAAAUAAAACAUGUACUAUUUUGAGGGGGUUUUUGCCAUUUGGAUAUGUUAAUAUUUUUUUGCUCUUUAUGAUUAAAAAGCUUCUUCCUGCCCUCUGACAGCCUUCUUUCUUCGCACUGUGUUACACAUUUGUAAGGGAAAUAGCUUUUAAAAAAAUGAUUCUUGCACUGCAUAGGUGCUUCUUCCCUUUAUACACUUAUACACUUCAAAAGCAUUACUCAAGCAUAUUUCACAUUCUUGUAAUCGAUUUUUUUUUUUUCUUUCUUGCAAGCAAAAGAAUUAAGUUGCUUUUAAGCUGGUCCUUGAUUUGUUCAUGUAAGAGAUCGUAGGACAGGUGGAGCAGCAGGAGACUAGGCCUGAUGAAGCUUCCCCCAGGCCUGUGUUUCUGUGCAUGUCUGCAUACUGCUGGAGAGAUAAGAGUAGUUAUUUCAAUAUAUUACGUAUUAUGUACCUAAUAUUGUUUUCAAGAAUUUUAAACUAGCUUUCUGCUUUAGGAUGAAGAUAAGUGCUGCUAGCCUUCAGAGUUCUUUUUUUCUUACUCAAAGGCUGGAAAUUUUAUUUGGCGAUAUGAUUUGGUCGGCUGAAAUGAAAUGGAAUUCUUCUUCCAUGGGCUAAUUUUAUUCCAAACCACUGACCUCUGGUGGCUGGUUUGCAACUAUGAAGCAAACAUUUUAGCAAUUUGUUGUGCAAAUUGGUGACAGGAGAGUCUUUUUCCCUUUAAAUUUCUCAGGAGAAUAAUGUCCCUUCCCGCUUUAUUGUACUUUGGCUUUGCAAGUAUCUAUCUGCCUUAUGCAUUAGAAAGGAGAUCAAAAGAAAACCAGAUUUAUGGCUAAGGUUUCUUUAAAGAAGUAACUGCUCACAAGCCCAAAGAUUGUUUUUUUGUGAUUUUUGGGAAGCUAAAAGAGACCCUAUGAUCUGUGAGAGCAUCCCAUAAUAAAGAUCUUAAAACAUAUACUGUCAAAUCCUUGCAGUCAUCAAGCACAGUAAUUAUAUUACCAGAAUCCUGAUGCCUUUUUGCUUAG